AUAUAUUGGGGCUUUUACCUUACAUAGAAAGUGUUAAGUGUUCAAUGUUUUUGUUUACAUUUGCACGUGAGUCUGUGAAAAGUUUAAUAAUUUUCAACAAUUAUUAUUUAUUACACUGAUUUUAAUUUUGACUUCACCAAAGGAUUUUUAUACUAAAGAGACCGACGAGAGUUAAAAUAAUCGAUCUCGUUCUAAUAAAAUAAUUUUGACGUACGGGUGAACUUGUUCUUGAUAUCUUCGAUUUUGCUUUAUUUCUAAUAGUCAAUUUGAAGUGAAUCGAUUUCUUCACUUAAUUUUUAUAUAUUAAUAAUGGAUGAGUUUAUAUUUAUUAAAUAUUUUAUGGCUAAGUAAAAACAUUAAGCAACAAUGAGCCAUGUGAAGUUUAAAAAGUGUGUUUGGUUUAUUAGAUGACUGAUGAAAGGAAUAAAUUUUAUGGAAUUCUUAAUAGGUAGAAACAAGAAACAUGUCUUCUCUAAAAGUGAACAAUGAAAAUAUCUGGCAAUUAUCUGACAACAUAGAUCAACAGCACUUGAGACUUUUAAUCGCCAAUUGUGCAGUUUUUCAGGAACAAAAAUUUAUAUACACAGAUCACAGAAGAAAUUUUUCCGUAACAUUUAUAAAGUCCAGCGUUCAGUGCAAAAAGCUAUUUUAUCAUUAUUACAGAGUGCAAAUACUAGAGCCUGGUUUCAGAGGAAGAGAAGUUAAAAAAUAUGACGUGGAAGAAAGUUGGGGAACUUUUGAAUCUUCAGAUCACAGAAGACAUUCGGAAAAGUAUGAUCGCGACACUGCUGUUAGUGUAUUUCAGCUUUACACCUCAGAAUUUUACGUAAAUGAUAAAUUUUCCAUGAUUAUCAGUGUGGUUGAAAAAAAAAUUUUGCUUGAUUUCGCGUUGAAAAAUUUGUUAAAAGAUAUAAUUAAUUACAACUUUAUAAUAAAAGUAAUUAAAGAGCAUGAGUUGGUUAUGAAGAACAUCAAAGAAGCUUUCUUGAGGAUUCGUGCUAGAACUCACAAAGGCAGUCAACCAGUGGUGCUGGCUGAUGAGAAGCUAGCCAAGAUAAUGACUGAUGAAGACCCUGCAUUAGUGACCAAGAUAAUUAAAACAAUAUUAGAUGGAAUAGAUGAGUUCUAUUCGACUACAAACUCUGAGAUUAUAAAUGAAGCUGCCAAUUUCUGGAAUGCUUUUUAUAAAAAAUUGGGAGCCAAAAUAGAAGUUCUUGACCUAAGUACUGAUUUCAUAAAAAUAGUUCAAAAGUAUGUUAAAAACACUCACUCUCCACGCCACGGGAAUUAUGUUCUGCAUGUGUUGAAUGUUUUCAACAUCCACAGAUCCGACGACAUAGGACUGUUCAUGGAUCAAAUUGGCAACAAAAAAUUACUUUGGCAUGGAACGAAGACAGAAAACAUCGCAUCUAUAUUAUCUGAAGGUUUCAAAGUUCCGCAUAAACCUAGUCAUGGUAGAAUGUUCGGCCACGGAAUUUACUUCAGCAAUUCAGUGUCAAAAGCAGCCAAUUAUUGUGGCUGCAACAGGGAAAAUUCUGAAGGUUAUUUGCUGCUGUGUGAAGUCGCUCUGGGUAACACGAUGGAAUUGUAUGAAGCUGAGACAGAUACGUGGAUGCUACCUUUGGGAAUACAUUCGAUUGUUGGCAAAGGACUCUUUUCACCCUACUCAAACGAUAAGGCCAUUGUUUAUCAAGAUGUUGAAGUUCCUUAUGGGGAAAUAGUUAAGAAUGUCUUUUCUCCUAACACUACUCUGCUUCACGAUGAAUUUAUUGUUUUUAAUACCUCGCAAAUUCGCAUUCGACAUCUUGUAGCUGUGAAAUUUUAUUUUAAAAAAUUGAAGAAAGCUGAUUGAUGUACAAAGCUUAUUAUUGAGUGACGAAAGUUUUAAGAUUGAAAUAAUUUAAGUAUUUUUUUAAAUUACCAACUUUUAUUAAAUAUCGUUCAACUAGUUUUAAUUA